AGGUCUAGAUGACCACUGUACCGUUGUUUUAGACUCUUUUAAACGCGAUAUUCGUCGUCAGGAGCCCAAGUUGUACUAGUCCUGUUACUCUCGAACAACUCGGAUAAAGUCGAUGUAAUUGUGAUACACUUUUGAAAGAAUCACCCAGUUGGCAUAUACCUAAGUUCUUUUAGUUUUUGCUUCUCUAUGGAAUGAUGUAUUACUGAAGUUUAAUUUAAAAAUAGUUAAGCUUUGAAAAUUUAACAUUUUAAUUUAUAAUUUCAGCUUUGUACUAGAGACUCGAAUUUCUUUUAAAACGAAGCUUAUUCUGUUCUGAAUAUAACCAUAACCGCAAAACUGUUUCAUGUACAGCCACGUCUUCCAGAAAUCUAUCUUUUUAAGAUCAGGUAUGCCAGAACUCACGGUUUUCUAAUAACCCGGCUUCGGAGCCUAUUAAAACACAUAAGUGAGCCAAAAGAAAGAGCAUAGUACAAAACCUCUAAACCCGGAGUUUAAGUUGGAUUGGAUCAGUCGCUCUGGAGUUAGUUUUUCAUGUAACAUGCCUAUUCUGUUUAAAUUUUGUCUUAAGUGUCGUUUGCUGCAAGUGUCUAUAGAGACAAUAAUGACCAAAAUGUAACUCCUAACUUUUUUGAUUUAUGGGCUUUUAUAUAUUUUCGAUCUCAGGUAAAUGCAAAACUGUUUAAUAUCUUUUCCAAUGAACCAUCGCUUCUAUGACGAUGGUAUUGUACUUUUGGAUUUCUGAGGGUUUGGCAUUUCUAAUGAUGAUCCACGAAAAUAUAAGGUCUAAAAGCGGAUUUUGGCAUGACCCUGUAUCCAAAACUAUAAUAAGAGAUUCUGGACGUCAUGCUGAGUUAAUACAAAGUUGUUCUGAUCCGGAGAUUUCUGUUGUUCUGAUUUUGAAUGUCUGAAAAUCCUUGUCGGCACAGCUUUUGGCAGGUUUAAAAUUAUACGACAAAAUAUUUACUAGAAACCAUCUGGCAUCGGUUUAACUGUUAAAAGACAAUCAAUUUCUUGAGAUCAUGUUGCAAUCAAUUUGACUACGGUGGGACGAUCUCGCUUCUGGCACAGUAAACCGCGCAUGCUAAAUUCUUUCGGUAUGCUUUUUCUUCUCAAGGAAAAGGUAAAAAGUAAGCUAGAUUUUAUGCUGAAUGCAUACAGUCUGAACAAUUUAUCUUGAGACAUAUAUAUAUGUAAACCAAUAUAUGUUAGGAUGGCUUCUGGAAACGAUAGCUAUUUUGUUUAGUUUCUAAUGCAUGUUACGUGUACCUGUUCAUAACUGUGUCAAAAUAAAUGUUGUUGCUUGUAUAAACUAUAGAAAGAACUGAAAAAUAAAUGUCGAUAUUCUAAAAUUAUCUGCGUUACGAAGCUCCUCUAAAGAUACCUGCCAUAAACGACUGCAAUCUGCAAUGCUAGUCUAAAGAUAUUGCUUACUAAUGCGAUUUCCAGCCCGAUAAUUAUAUUUAGAAGAGAUACAUCUUAUACUCUUGACGAUGGACUGUCGUAUUUAAUAAAAUUUCAUUAUUACUUAUAGUAAGCUCUUCAAGCACAACACCGAGUACAACACGGAGUACAACGCCUAGUACAACAUGGAGUACAACACUGAGUACAACGUCAAUACCCAGUUCUGUUGUAUUUUCGGAUACAUUUUCAGCAUGUUCAGCUAAUACCGGAAUAUGUACACCAUUUAAUGGUUUAGUAGCAAAUUAUUCAACUGGGAAAAUACUUUCGACUUUUGGUUUAGAUAAUUUUAAUAAUCUAACAGUAGUUCAUGGAUUCGGAAUGGCCGUGAAUGAUACCGUUGCAUUUGGUAUUAACGCAUUUACAAACACUAGUAUGUCGUCUGGUACGUUUGUGUUGAUCGAUACGAAAAGUGGUGCAUAUAUUCAAAGUGAUGAACUAACAUACUUGAAUGUAAAUGAUUCGAGUAACUGGCUUGGGUUUUUUAACGUACGCAACUCUUCUAAUUAUACAAAUGACGGAUCUAUCACAUAUUUGAAUCAAGCAUGCUCAAAUACAUUUAUUAAUCCUAGCACAAAUACUGGACUGACUGCAAGUUUGUUUUAUGUUUAUAAUGGACAACCAUUCGACACGGGUCCUGGUUGUCCAUUGUGGAGUGUCGAAUGGUAUUGUAGUUCGAAUCAAAGUACUUCUCAGAUCGGAGGAUGGAUUCUUAUUUCUGGUCUGUGGAAUACAUUAAACACUUCACUAGGAUAUAAAAUUACAGGAUAUACUCAGCAAUACUUUAUAGACGGUGUACAGCAACCCUAUGUUGAAUGUAAUCCGAAUCAUUUGUAG